GAAAACAUUCCGCAUUUGCAAGUUUGAACUUGAAAUCUCUCCGUUCCCUCUCUCUCAUGUACGGUACCAGAUACUUAAUCGAAGAAAAUGAAGUACCCGUGAAGUCGCCGGAAUCUGCGAAUUAUUGCCGGAAAUGCAUCUGAGAUUGUGUCGAUGGACGAGAAGCCAAUUCUAGGAGCUGAGUCCAGGGAGGAGAAUCUUAAUUUCAUCCGUCCGAUCAACAUUCCUUCAGAUACAAACAUUAACAAUCACUCCCGUUCGUUUACUUGUACAUCUACUUCUUCGUCUUCGUCUUCUCCUCCCGACUUCCUUGGUAAAGUUCAGGCUGCCUUUAAACGCCGCCGCCCUCUCGGCAAUAUGCGAUCAAAUAAUAUAAGACCGACGCGUGUCUUACUUCCUCAACGGGGGACAUCAAAGAAUUCAGAUGUUAAUGUGACUUCAGAAGCGGACACCGACAAGACCCAAGGUAACGAUUCAUAUUUAAGUCAAGGAGUGAAGGAUUAUAUUUCUCAGACAAAAAAAAUCGGUUCUAUUACCUCAGAAGUUCAGGAGGAUGCGUCAAUUACACCACCACCUGACUUGGGUACCAUCAUGAGCACACAAGAGGAGAAUCAUGUAUCAUUUGGUAUUCAAGAUCAACCUAGAUCCGCUGCUGAUUGUAUGAACAACAAUUCAGCAUCUUUGUCGUUAUAUCGAUCUGAGCAGGUUCAUCAGAAGAAAGUCAGCUUUGCUUCAGGAGAUACUGCGAGAGCUCAUGAAAUGGACUGGGAUGUUAGCAAUCAAAUGGAAGCUGCCACUGCUGUCAGUCAAGACAUAAAACACAUCAGUUCCAGGUCUGAUGUUCAGGUUGCUUAUAUGUUGGCAAAGGGAACUAUGGGAUCUCAAGAUCAGGUGCACCCAUUCAGGAACUUUCUACAAAGUGAUUCUAACUACAAUAUGACUCAAUCCUCAGUUGUUGGCUCAUCAUGCCCCACCACAACGUUGAUGAAUUCAGCCUCUGCUCCCAUCCAUAAUUCAACUACAUACUGUUCCUAUCCUCAUCAAAUAAAUAGUUCCAAUCUAAAUGUGGAGUCCUUGGGAGAACUUAAUAUGAAUGUUCAGCCUGCGACCGAAAGAGAUAAGUUGCCUUCAUCACUUGGUUCAUUAAACCACAGCAGUGGACUGUCUGCUGAUCUUGAUCAGUUAGAGGUAGCAUUAAAAGCUUCACCUUCCUUUGUUGACAAGGAUUUAGACGUAAAAGGAUAUAAAUGUUCGAAGGACCAGAGUCUCGCUAUCCCGAAGGACUCUGAAACUACCAAGGACGACCUACCUCCCGAUAACAAAGUAAAUAAAGAGAAAGCAUGCGUAGGUGAUGUUACUGAUGUUCAGUGUCAGGCUCCCUUAUCAAAAUAUCAAUCAUCGGAUGUUAAGUUUGGAUCUUCUAAGCCAGAAAUACAGGGAAAGGUUGCAAAAAGUAAAGCAGCAGCAACAACCCGCAAAAAGAGCUAUGACCCAGAACAGUUUUUUAAGGUUAAUGGAAAGCUCUAUCAGAGGCUUGGCAAGAUUGGUAGUGGAGGAAGCAGCGAGGUGUAUAAAGUCAUCUCAUCAGAUUGUAAGAUAUAUGCCUUGAAAAGAAUCAAGCUUAAAGGCCGUGACUAUGCAACUGCUUAUGGAUUUUGUCAGGAAAUUGGAUACCUGAACAAACUGAAAGGGAAGAACCACAUCAUUCAAUUGAUCGACUAUGAGGUGACAGAUAAGGCUUUGCUCCAAGAAGUUACGCAAGGUUACAUGAGUAAUAAGGAUCGGAAAGUUAGUGAUGAUGGAUAUGUAUUCAUGGUGCUUGAAUAUGGUGAAAUUGAUCUGGCUCACAUGCUGUCCCAGAAGUGGAAGGAACUGGAUGAUUCUAGUUCAACUAUAGACGAAAACUGGUUACGGUUUUACUGGCAGCAAAUACUUUUAGCUGUGAAUACCAUACAUGAAGAACGCAUAGUACAUUCAGACUUGAAGCCGGCAAAUUUUCUUCUUGUUAGAGGGUCACUGAAGCUAAUUGAUUUUGGGAUAGCUAAAGCAAUUAUGAGUGAUACAACUAACAUUCAACGGGAUUCACAGGUGGGUACUCUUAGUUACAUGUCUCCAGAAGCAUUUAUGUGCAAUGACACAGAUGCUGAUGGCAACAUUAUAAAAUGUGGCCGCUCAUCUGAUAUCUGGUCACUUGGUUGCAUUCUUUACCAAAUGGUCUAUGGAAGAACACCAUUUUCAGAAUAUAAGACAUUUUGGGCCAAGUACAAAGUUAUAACAGACCCAAAUCAUGAAAUUAUGUUUGAACCAGUUUCAAAUCCAUGGCUUCUUGACCUGAUGAAGAAGUGUCUGUGUUGGAAUCGCCAUGAGAGAUGGAGAAUUCCUGAUUUACUAGUGCACCCUUUUCUUGUUCCCCCAAUUACACCUCCAUUGUCCAUCUGUCAAGAUCAGAGCUGCAAAUUUCUCAAGUUGGUUGCUGAAUCUUGUACCAGCGACCAAAAAGCCUUGUCGCUCUGUUCUCAGAUGCAAGAACUACUAUUGGACCCUAAACCAGAGAAUGGAUGCCAAUUGUUGCUACAUCAGAUGUCAAGUUUGUGUUUCCAACUCCAGAAAAAUAUAGCAAACUCGGAAGGAGAUUAGAUGGAGGCGCCAAAGUUGUGAAUGAGUUUCAGGCUUAGGAAUAUUUCUGUGCUGGCUGAGUUGCUAAGCUGCCUUUUCCAUUCCAUCUCCAUGUAGAUUUUUGUAACUCUAGUAGAUGUGUUAUAUAAUAUGGGAAGAACAGCAUUCAUUUUUACUACUGUAAAAUGCUAAUCUAUUGUCAUGGCGCUUUAGAAAGUUUCUUUUGCUAAA